GACAAGAUCACCAGACCACUUCAUUUAAAUAAAUUAUAAUUAUUCUAUUGGUCUUAAAGAUUUGUUUAUUCAUGAACAAUAAAUAAAUUGCUCCUAUUCUUUAAGUUAAUAAAGAAAAAGACAAGGCUGCAUUAGGUGACUUUGCCAACAAGGAUAACAAGCAAGACCAUUUUAAGCUCCACCCUUCAUACAACUUUACCAGUAAGAUAUCAGAAUCAGGGCAAUAAUGAUCUCGAAACCAUUCCUAGCUUACAACACCUAAGGCAUAUUAUCAGAAACGGAACAUCAGCGAAACAGUUCUAGCUAGCACGAUGCAUCAAGUUCGUCCUCGCUAUGCAAUAGACCGACCAGCCUACUCUCAACCAGAAUUUGAUGAGGAGUUUAACAGGAAGAGGAGAAACUAUCCUUUGGGGAACAAAGUAAGGAAAGUGUUCAGAUGCUCCAGCGGGCGACUGAAAGGUCUUCUCUUCAGACAUCUGCCAGUGCUCAGCUGGCUUCCCAAAUACAACUUCAGACAGAACCUUGUGUGUGAUAUCAUCAGUGGAAUCAGCGCAGGCACGAUUCAGGUUCCACAGGGCAUGGCCUUUGCUCUUUUGGCUAACUUACCUCCAGUCAAUGGACUUUAUUCAUCCUUCUUUCCUCUUAUUCCAUACUUCUUCAUGGGCACAGCCCACCAGAUGGUGCCAGGUACUUUUGCUGUGUUGAGUAUCAUGGUGGGUAUAGUGUGUCUGCAGCUGGCACCUGAAUCAGAUUACAGCUAUUUUAACACCACUCUCAAUGCCACUGUAGUAUAUGAGCAGAAGAUGAAUGAGGCCCGGCUGGCCAUAUCAGGCACUUUGGCUUGUCUGACUGCCAUCAUACAGAUUGGUCUAGGCAUGAUGCAGUUUGGAUUUGUGGCCAUAUACCUCUCUGAGUCAUUUGUUAGGGGGUUUAUGACAGCUGCAGGGCUGCAGAUCCUCGUAUCUGUGCUUAAGUAUAUUUUUGGAAUCCCAGUACAACCAUACAGUGGUCCUCUGGCUAUAAUUUAUACCCUCAUAGACAUAUGCAAAGGCCUGCCCAGAACCAACAUAGCUUCUAUGGUGUUCGCCCUUGCCAGCUGUGUGAUGCUGAUCGUAGUAAAAGAACUGAGCACUCGCUACCAUCAUAAAAUCCCUUACCCUAUUCCCAUAGAGAUAAUUGUUGUGGUUGUGGCUACUGCCAUCUCCGGGCCAUUGCAUCUGCCUGAAAAGUACCACAUGGACAUAGUAGGAGAAAUCCCUUUGGGGUUUCCUGCCCCGAUCCUGCCUAGAGUGUUCGAGUGGGGGGAAAUGUUAAGUACAGCUUUCUCACUGGCCAUUGUCGGAUAUGUCAUCAAUUUGGCCAUGGGCCGGACACUGGCCACCAAACACGGUUACGAUGUGGAUCCCAAUCAGGAAAUGCUAGCUUUGGGCUUCAGUAAUCUCCUGGGUGGUUUCUUUAAGAUUCAUGUGAUCUGCUGUGCUCUGUCUGUCACACUAGCUGUAGAUAGUGCAGGAGGUUCCUCACAGUUUGCCAGUCUGUGUGUUAUGGUAGUUGUCAUGGUCACCAUGCUGGCUCUGGGAGCUUUUCUCAAACCACUCCCUAAGUCCGUGUUAGGAGCUCUCAUAGCUGUUAAUCUGAAGAACACACUUCUGCAGAUCUCUGAUCCAUACUAUCUCUGGAAGAAGAGCAAACUAGACUGUUGUGUAUGGGUUGUCUCUUUCCUGGCAACCUUCUUCCUGAGUCUGCCUUAUGGUGUUGCAAUUGGGGUGAGCUUCUCCAUUCUGGUAGUCAUUUUCCAGACUCAAUUUCGUAAUGGCUCGGAAGUGGGUCAGGUCUUGGAUACAGACUUGUACAAGAACCCUAAAGUCUACAAUAAGGUGAAAUCCAUUGAAGGUGUGAAAAUAGUGAGUUACUGCUCACCUCUUUACUUUGCCAAUGCAGAGAUAUUUCGCCGAAAGGUUAUCAAAAAAACUGGGCUGGAUCCAGGCAAGGUGCUUCUGGCCAAGAAGAAGUUUCUGAAAAAACAGCAGGAGAAAGAAAAACAAAAAAUAAAAGACCAACAGAGUCAGGAGAAGGCAGCUGCGAGAAAGAGGAAAGUGAGCUCACUAGUUACCAUGAAGACGCAGACUAUUUCACAAAUUGAUCUGCAGAGUGACUUUUACACCAUUGGUGUAGGCAGCGAAAACAUGCCCACGAGUUACAUCAAUCCAUACUGUGAUAUCAUGAAUCCCAGUGACCAGCUUCCAGAGCCUGAGCCUACCACAUCCCCUCCUGUUAUGAUGGAGAUGCAGCCUGUCCCCUUUCAUACACUUAUCUUGGACCUGGGAGGAGUCUGUUUCAUCGACCUGAUGGGCAUUAAAGUUCUUACUAAGAUGAGCAACACUUAUAGUGCCCUGGGGAUUAGCCUAUACCUAGCAAAUGUGCAAGCUCAGGUAUUUGAGGAGCUGGAGACUGGAGGAGUGUUUGAGGAGAGCAGUAUUACUCCUAGUCACAUGUUCUUGUCAGUUCAUGACGCAGUCCUGUUUGCCCAGUCAUUGACUCCCGGAACUAUGAAAGAGCAGGAAGCCAGAGAAAGGAUACAACUGGCAUUUGAUAUAGAAGAAGCGGAACAGAAUCUGGAGCAGGUAAAAAACAAACAAAGCCUAAUGCUAAAAUGUUGGAAAGAUAUUUCCUGACCUUAAUAUUAUGAGGUUGUUUCUCAUGAUCUGUGUGAGUGAAUGAGUUUUAUUGCAGUGAAUGUUUGUUACUGAUGAUUAACAAGAUGUCAUUCUUAUAUU